AUGGCUGGAUUAUCGAUGCGGAACAUCACAUGCGAUUAUUACAUGGAACGGCCAAACGGUUUCAACAGACCAAAGUUGCAUGCAACUGCUGGCGCACGAGUGCCAAUCAUACGAAUGUUCGGCAUUCUGCACACUGGUCAGAAAUGUUGUGUAAAUGUGCACGGUGUCUUUCCAUAUAUCAUUGUGCGUACAGGCACACCUUUUACGCCUGAAUUUGCGAGAACUUUGCGUGCUCGAUUUAUCAGGAUCGUAACGGAAAAUAACCGGCGGCAUCGAUUCAACCCGGAUUUUGCCAUCUACGAGAUACGACCACUGCUUGCGAAGUAA